CAAUCGCCCAGGACGUAGAUAUCGUCCUGCAAUCUGCACGCGCCGAAUCUCAAAGCUCAGAUACGGGUCUCCACUUCCUUGCACACUCGUCUAUUGUCCCCACCGUCCACCUCCCAUCUUGAUAUCCGCCACCCAAUCGAUCGCCCACUAGACUUUCCAGAACUCCUUCCUGAUCGGCACCUUGGUGCACUGACAGGUACUCAUGCGUCGCCAAGCCACCAUAUACCAUUCUAAUAUUCCUAACAUCCUGCUUCGGCGUGCGUGCACUUCACACUACACUCUCAAGGCAUGAAGCUACGUGAGAGGCUGAGGUAGGGACUCGCCGACGGUCGACACUGGACACACGAACAAGUGUCUCCGAGUGGAUGAGAUACCCCAUCCAAUCUCAUUACCUGCCUCCUUGGGGCUCUUGGCCCUUUAGCAAAAUGCACUUGCUUUGCAUCUUGUGUGCUGUGAAGUGGCAAGCAGCUUCUACUUCUGGACUGGAUGAGAUGUGUCUCUCCUUGAAUGCUGAUCGUUCGGAGGAGGGGUAACAUGGGGUUAGGUAGGUAGGUAAGAAUGGAUGAGCCGGUACUGCUGCUGGAUGAAGAGAUAGCGAGCGGGAGAUGAUCAUUUAUGACAUGGGGGUAUGAGGGGCAAGCAGAUAGAGGAGAGACGGAUAUGUAUAUAUAAGUCCUCAUAACCACCUUUGUUGGCAAAAGAUAUUCUAUUAUCCAGGGCACUAUUCAUCUCACCAUUUACCCAACCAGUCUCAUUCUCUGUUUAAUAUUUAACUUACAAGUAAGCUUUUCUCUUUACUUUGGGAACUUGGAUGAACUCCUUUGCCUUUCCGGCCACCUAGCCGGAGUUCAUCCAAACUCGCAACCAUACAUCCAAGUCAAACUAACACAACCUCCAGAUUACUUUCCUCGGUCUUGACCCACCACCCAAAAUGGCACGCUUCACCCUUCUGCUGUCCUUCUUGGCAGCCAUCUCCCCUAUCAUGGCCCACCCCACCAACGGACCCCGCGACACCAAAUUCGGAUGUGGCGUCGUCCCCACAGAGGAGUUCCUCGCCGUGGCGAAGGACAUGGCUGACCAAGAGGCCGCCUCGAAAUCCGCAUUGGGAGCUUCGGCCCUAGCUGCUGAAGGGGCGGCUGCUGCGGUGAUCACGGUGAAUGUGUAUUUCCAUGUUGUGGCUCGCUCGACGGUUGCGUCUGGGGGGUAUGUGACCGCGAGUCAGAUCACGCAGCAGUUGGCUGUUAUGAAUAAUAACUAUGCCGCCUCCGGAUUCCAGUUCGUCAAUGCCGGCACAGACUGGACCAUCAACAGCAUCUGGGCAUCCGACGGCAACGAGCUCGCCAUGAAGAAGGCUCUCCGCAAGGGAACCUACAAGGACCUCAACAUCUACUUCCAGUACGACAUCGGCGGAAACUUGGGAUACUGCUACUUCCCCACCUCUGCCCCAGCUGGCUCCAACAACUUCUACUUGGACGGCUGUUCCAUUUUGUACAGCACCGCACCCGGCGGCUCUGCAACAAAUUACAACCUCGGCAAGACCGUAACGCACGAAGUCGGCCACUGGAUGGGUCUCUUCCACACCUUCCAAGGCAACUCGUGCACCGGCACCGGCGACAGUAUUGCCGAUACGCCACAACAAUUGUCUGCCUCCAGUGGGUGCCCAACUGGUCGUGAUUCGUGCCCAAAUGCUGCUGGGUUGGAUCCUAUCCACAAUUAUAUGGAUUAUUCCUAUGACGCCUGCUAUGAUAACUUCACACCUAACCAAGCUACGCGUAUGCUUAGCAUGUGGAAUACCUACCGUAUUUAGAUGCAUGUCGAAAAGGAGAGGGGGAUGUUUUCAAUAGCUGUGGAGCAGGGACACGAGUUUGAGAUGAAUGUGAAAAACUUAGACUGAGAUAGGGGAGUUGUACAUUGGCCCCUUGAAACCGGGGAGAUUUUGUCACUUGGCAAUUCUGGUAGAUUGGUUUUGGGAACCUUGCAUCUUGGAGAAACGGGGUGGGGUAUAUAGGCCGAUUUUUAUGAGAGAUAAGAUAUUAACAUAUAUGCCUUAAAUUUUGGCCAGUCAUGUGCAUUGUGGAUUUGAAUGAGAAAUUGACAAUCAAUGAAGUGCUGGACCCGAAUUAGGAGUUGUUCGUAAAGAAUAUUGUGCGCUGAUUGGCGUUGAAUGGCGCCAAAUCGGCGAAGCUUGUUCACGCGUGAAAAUGACUGUUUUGGGUGGAGAUUUACCACCAAGGUCCUAGACGAAGGCUCCCUGGCAUUGUGGUGUCAUGCUCUUUCGGGCAAAAGACCCCUGCCAAGAAACAACAAGCUUCUCCUCUACCCAGUAUGUCUCAUGUCUCUUUCAAGACAGGAGUCAAAUCAAGGUUGGAGAUCCGUCUCAUCGAUCUCGUAGAAAAGGUGGGUCAUGUCGUAUCCAAGCGGCGCAGGAUGUGCGGCGAUCUGAUUCAUCGUCACAUUAUUCGGGGAAUUUGGCUGUACCGUACCUGUGGGUUGCCAUGCAAUGAAACCGACAAUCCCUCAAAUGAAGUGUGAAGCGCCGAAUUCGCCGUACUUCACGAGUAGAGGUAGUUCGACUUCACACAUUUCGGCUCCCAAAGAUCUUCCUCAGUCGGCAUCCAACGACUAGACCCUUUACCAGGUCGACCAGUUCUGUUUCCAGGAGGGCUGUAGUAAGGAGGUGGUGGAUAUCUUCCUCCAGGAUAUCCAUAUCUCGUCCCGUUUCCUGGAGGUGGUCGACGUAAUGAGCGAUCCCUGCCCUUUAGGAGCGGCCACAUGGGAAUGAAACAGCUCUCAUCCCAAGCGCACUUCUCUUCACAGCCGAUCCAUUCCCCUGCCCAGCCUAGCCAAGCCAUAAGUUCCUGGAUGCCGUUUGUCCAGCGGUGGACCUCAGAUUUUAUUGACUUCGCAAGACGAGCUUCAGUAUCUGAGAUGGGAGCUCGGUUGAAUUUGGCUUGCCAGAGUCCUUUAACUGCUAGACCGAUUUCGAUGAUGACGGAGCAGAUUCCUCCCGUUGUCUCCUCGACUGCCCAUUUCAAGAGUGUUUCUUCGGGACCGAGAACAAUCCCCUCUUCAGGGUCGAGGAGACGAGUAUGCUGAAAUCGACACAAAGAAUAUGUUUUCUCAAACAAUUCCGAGCCCGGCUUCCAUGUCUCCUCGUCUGCAUCCUCCGGAUAUUCGAAGAAAGGCAUAACAAACAUAUGGGUUUGUUGGUGGACAUCGCUCAUCCAUUCCUGAAGCAGACUGCUAUUACUCGUGUGAUUUCCGUAAUUCUCUAGAGUUUUGGAAAGCUUGAGUAACGGACGGGAAUAUGUUUGCACGAUACUGUUGGUCAAAACCAACCAAUCGACCCCGCUACAGCUUUCAAUUCCAAGUAAACGAUCCCGCAUCACACGUUCUGAAUUGGUCCUCAGAAGCGCAGCUUCAGAAGAAGUCACAUUAUCCAGUACAUGCUGUCUCCGUCGUCGUGUCAAAGCUUCCAAAGCCGUAGACCUCUUUCCCCGACGAGGACCAGCCCAGAAACCUUCUGCUGUAAGAUUGAGGACUUUCUGCUCUUUUAACCUUCUGGCAAUACCUUGGCGCUCGAAAGUAGGAUUGUAGUAACUCAGGAAUCCACAUAUGUCCGGCUUAACACGAGACUCUCCAAUACCUGGUCCGUUGCCUGAAGAUCCGUAAUGUAACGUGCUGCUCGUAUACCAGCCCCAGUUCCUGGUUAGUCGGAAAGGGUCCCGCAUUUUUAGAUCCCAGUCGAAGUAGAAAGGUGGCGGAGACGAGGUAGACUUCGCGGGCGUUGUUCUUGUAGGUAGUGGAAAUUUCGACUUUUCCUCAAGAUCCCUAGACUCGAGUUCCUCUGUGAUCUUCGUCCUCUCCCGCGGCGGUAGCAACGGCGCAGAAACAUUCAAAUGCGAUACCAGCCGUACGGAUGGACUGCUGAAAUUACACCAGAUCAUCUCAAACCCCGCAUUCAUCCUCACAAUCCCUUCAUAUCCCCACCCCAAACCACCCA